GGGUAAAGGUUUAAUAGGAAUAUUACUUAAGCCAUAUAAACCAGGGUUUAACUAGUGUAGAAUUAAGUCGCAUAGUGCUACCAUAUACGUGCGGAACUCAGAAGUUAAGUAGCAUAAAGUUUUUAUGUGAAAUCCGAUCAUCUUCAACAGAUCAUAUCAAAUAUCCGAAUAAUUAAUUCUCACUAACUAUACAAAAAGUUUAUUAUAUAAUGGCUGACGGCAUGCAGCCUUCAAACACCACAGAUAGUGAUUACUAUCUAUCUCCUGCAACACCUGAAGCAGCAUCUAUUGAUAGUAGUAACGAUCAUAUUGUUAUAAAUGAUGAAGAAGACGAUAAAUCUACCACCCUUACCCCCCACCAGGAUAAAUUAAAGAAGCAACAUCAACAUCAACAUCAACAAUUCCAACAUCCUCCAGUGACACCACCAGCUCAUAAGUCAUCAUCAUUAUCUACUCGUUCCAACAAUCAAGCAUCAUCAUCAUCAUCGUCAUUACCUCCCUUGAGUAAUUACGCGUUCCUGCCUCCUAAAUCUCCACUAUUAUCUUCCAGUGAUUCUAUGAUGGAUAUAACUCCAUUCAGUUCUAAUAAUGACGAAUCAUUAGAUGAUUUCGUAGUAUAUUCUGAUUCUGAUGGAGCAUCUCAAAGUUCAUUAGAAUUAAGAAAUCCAAAUUCUGAUCACCAUAGUGCUGGUCACCUUGAUAGUGAUGAUAAAAAGAAAAUUAAACGAAGUCUUUCCAAGCGUUUACCGACAACACCAGGAAAAUCAAAUUUAUUAACUACACCUAAGCGUAGUAAAUCUCCAAGAAGAAAAAACUCUGGAUCUUCACCAGCUGGUACUGAUACUGAAGAAUCUGCAACUAAUACCCCUAAACCUAAGAAAAGAAUACGAAGAAGAUCAAAUAGAUCUGAACCUGGUAGUGAAUAUGUUGGAACUGGAUAUACUCUGACUCCUGCUACAGGGAAAAUCUUUCGUAAUUUACUUAUUCUUGAAGAAAGUCUUCGAGAACAAGUACGUCAACAACGAGCAUUAAGACGAAAAUAUCUUACAUUUUUAGCAGUAUUAUGUUCAUUAAUUGCUUCAAUAACUCAUCAUUUAUUUAUUAUUGAUCCUUCUAAAUCAUCAGUUGGGACUACAAGAGUCAUAUUACAAUUUACAUUAUUAGCAUUAAUAGUUACAUUAAUGUUAUAUCAUUUAUCAGGAGAAUAUCAAAAGACUAUUGUAUUACCUAGAAAAUUUUUAUCAUCAACAAAUAAGGGACUUAGACAAUUAAAUGUAAGAUUAGUUAAAAUUAAUACUCCAUUAACAGAUAAAAUUAUUGAUUUAAUUAGAGAAAUGUCAUUAUUUUUAGUAAGUUUGAUAUUAAAUUUCUUUCAUAAAAUUUCUAGUAAAUCAAUUCAUAAUAAGAAUUCAAAAAUUGAAGUAUUUCUUGUAUCUUGUCAACUGCAAUGUCAACCAAGAAUUGGAGUUACUGAUGUUAAAUUAGUAUUAAAUGCAAGAGUAUUUAAUCUUGAUGUUAGAGAAGGUUGGGAAGUUUAUCGUAGUGAAUUUUGGGUUCAUGAAGGAGUAAGAAGAAGAAAUCAAAUGAUGAGUUUUGUUACUAAUGAUGGACCUAAUGAAUCAGGAACAAAUUCUGAUGAUUUAGAUAAGGGUAAAUUAUUAAAGAAAGAUAAAAAGGAAAGAAGAGAUCGUAGAAAAUCUAGUAUAACAUCAUCACAAAAUACUUCAUCAAAUAAUCCUACUUCAAUUCCAACAACUCCAACAAUUAGUCGAUUAAGUGAACAAAAUCUUCAAAAGUUAAUGGGCGGAGCUACCAUCUUGCAUACUCAUCAAAGUAGAAGUAGUAGCCCCUUACGAGAUGGAAGUUUUAGACCUGAAUCAGGUAGUGAAGUUGAUAUUUAAUAUUUAAUAUUUAA